GCUUUAUUCAACAACCCCGAAGCCUUUCACAAAUGGGUUUCUUGCACCCUUUUGCACUAGAACCGAUGGCGUGCCGCUAACUAGAUCGUUCGUCGCGGAUCUGCGUUUUUCCUUCUUCCCCGCCAAAAACAGAGUCACGUAUUUCCACCUCGGAUAUCUAACCCAAAAGCGCGGGGUCGGGCACUCUUUUCCUAAAUUUUCUUUUGCCUCCCAUAUUCAUUCGUCUAGUCGUUCUUUGACUUUGUCUCUCCAUUUCCGAGUCAUUUCCUUGUAAUGCAUCAUGGAGAAGGAUUCCGCGGCUCUAGAGAAAACUUAUUCCCGGGAGAGUAGGAGGCUCGGUGAUGGUCUCGAGGUGCAGACCAUGCCCCAUUCGCUUGUGAGGAGUGUGACGCAACGGAGUCGUCGAGAGGAAAGUUCUCGUGUUGCGCCAAUACCAGACAUUGAGGAUGUUGACCCUCCGUCAGACCUGGAGAAGGGGGACGAGAUUAAAGAGGCUGCAACGCCGUCACCACCGGAGUCCUGCUCUAAUGGAUCGAGUCCCGCAGAGCCUGAACGGAAGAUUAUCAGGUUUGAGGAUGGAGAUCCUCAGUCGCCGAAUAACUGGCCACAGUGGAAGAAGCUGUAUGCCCUGGGCGUUGCCAUCUUAAGUGUUAUGAACAGCACAAUGAGUUCUUCACUCGCAGCCGGCGCCACAGCACCUAUAUCAAGACACUUCGGCGUAACCAAUGAAUCGCAACUCAUCCUACCAACCUCCAUCUACCUCGUCGGCUACGUCGGCGGACCUAUGAUCUGGGGACCUAUCUCCGAAUCCUACGGUCGCAAGUGGACUAUGAUUGCUUCUUUUGCGUUCUUUACCAUAUUCUCAAUUGCAUCUGCAGUAGCGCCGAACUUCGCCGCUUUGGUCGUCUUUCGGUUGUUCGUGGGUGUGGGAGGGUCGUGUGCGAUUUCUGUCGUUGGUGGGAUCUGCGCGGAUGUGUAUCAUGAUCCUGUCAGCAGGGGAAGGAGUAUGGCCAUCUUUAUGGCAGCUACGACCUUUGGACCGAUUCUCGGGCCUCCUAUUUCCGGCUUCAUUAGCGUGAUCGGCUGGAGCUGGGCCUUCUGGAUAGGCGCCAUAUUCGCGGGCUCCUCAUGGCCUUUUUUCUUCUUCUUCCCCGAGACCUACGCGCCGGUAAUACUGAAGCAUCGUGCACAGCGCCUACGCAAAGAGACGGGGGAUGAUUCCAUACUCGCACCCAUCGAGCUCGAGAAGACGGAUUUUAGCCACAUUGUCACCGUGGUACUUACUAGGCCGAUUCGGAUGAUCUGUCUCGAACCGUUGGUUCUAUUCACCUGCUUGUAUCUGAGUUACGCAUACGCCAUCUUCUACAUAUACUUCCAAUCCUACCCGAUAAUCUUCACCGGCAUCUACCACUUCAACGCCGGCGAAGAAGGUCUAACCUUCCUGCCCAUCGGCAUCGGCGCCCUCAUCUCCGCCGGCCUGUAUCUCUCCUGGGACGAGAUCCUCCGGCGCGCGCAGAAAGCCAACAAACCCUGGUCGCGAGACGAGGAAAUGCGCAGAUUGCCACUAGCUUGCAUCGCGGGGCCCUUCUUCGUCAUCAGUUCCUUUUGGCUCGGCUGGACGGCGCGAGCGAGCAUCCACUGGAUAGUGCCCUGUCUCGCGGGAAUCAUGUUCGGCAUGGGCUACUUGUGUCUUUUCAUGGCAUUGCUCAACUACCUCGUCGAUGCAUAUGAAGUUUUCGCCGCGAGCGCAAUGGCUGCUGCGAGUCUCUCGCGGUCGAGCUUCGGUGCAGUGCUGCCGUUUGCGGCGAAGCCGAUGUAUCGCGCGCUAGGUGUGCCUUGGGCCUCGAGUCUGCUGGGGUUCUUUAGUGUUGCGCUGUGCGUUAUCCCGUUUGUGUUUGUUAAGUGGGGAGGGAAGAUGAGGGAGAAGUCGAGGUUUUGUCAGUAUUUGGCGCAGAGGAAGAGGGAGGAGGAGGAGGCGAGGGAGAGGGAGAGGGCGGCGGCAAGGAGUAGAGAGGAUGUUGGACCGGAUGUGUUGGAUGAAGUAUAGGGGGCGUGUGUGGCGUGCAAAAGAGGUGAGAUGAUGGGGGACGAAGACGAUGCAUUUCUCGGGCGUUCAUUGGGCGUUGGAAAAGGUCGAUGGAAAACAUUUCUGCAUUGGGACGAGACGGCAUGAUGGAGAAACAUCCUCAGCACAUACAUACGUCGUGAUAAUGGAAGAUACGAUGGAGAAAUCUGGAACGAGUCAGUCUCGAGCGUUUCGGUGCAAAGUGGUCCUUUGUGGCUGGAAGGAUAGAUAAGGGCAAAACUCGAUCGAUAGG